CUCCUGGAUUCCCCGCCCCCCGCCGGCCGGCCUAGCUGGGUUCUGGGUCUCGCCUGCGCCAUGGACGACGCCGGGGAGCCGCGCCUGCCCAGGAAGAAGGGCACCAAGAGGGCCCCUCCGUCGGCGCCGCCGCCCAGGGGCAGGGACAGGUUCGAGUCCCUCUGGCGGGACUACCACGAUUUGCUCAAGGAAACUGAGGCAAAGAAGAGGAGGCUAGAGCGCAUGAACCAGCGAAAGCUUGGACUGCUUGCCGAAGUCAAAUUCUUGCGGAAGAAGUACAGUUCGUUUGCCAAGGAUGAUUCAGAGCAAGCGCGUCACAGGCUAAAGAAGAGGAAAGCUAAGCAAAUCCCAUCCACUCUGGGAAUCAAUGAAGGGCCAUCCACCAGCAAGAAGACAAAUUUGGAUUUGAAUCAUGAUUCUGCAAUGAAUGCCGAGGGAGCUUAUUGCCAGGAUUACCAGGACCAUCCAGAAACUGGGAUGCAUGAUCAGGCUGGUGUAAAUGAAGAUAUAAUGACCUCCAAUGUCAACUUAUCAGUUUAUAGGGAUACAAAAAACAACCCAUCCAGUGAUGAUAAGAGGGCAACUGCAUGGCAAGACCGAGUAGCCUUGCAGGUCUAGUCCCACCGUAGAAAUGUCUAUGGCAUGGCUUCCUUCUCUUAUGAUUGACCGCAUCCCUGCCUGGUUUCGUUAAAUAUUGCCCAGUGCUCUGUAAAUGAACAAUUGAUAAGGAUACACAUGCUUCAUGUUUACAGUUCGUGCCCUGUAGAGGCAUAGACGGAGAUAGUUUGACACACUUAGACAAGUUCGAUCCUAUUACAAUGCUAUGAAACAUGCUGCCUGGAUUCCGAGUUA